AUGUCUACUAUUGCGAAGCCACACGCGCCGGAGCCCCGACCUUGGUGUUUGGAUGGCCGAGAGGUUGACCUCCUCCACUACAUCUACGGUCGCCCCGAUAUCAAGGAGCUGCGUGGUAAUCCACAAAAGAUCCUCACUGCCAUUGAUGACUAUAACGUGAACCAUAACAUGCUCAUGAAUGUCGGCCCAGUGAAGGGUGCACAUAUCACCAGCCUUAUUUACAAGCACAAGCCAUCGACUAUGAUUGAACUCGGUGGCUUCAUUGGCUACUCGGCCAUCCUCUUCGGCGACGCAAUUCGCGCAAACGGCGGAAAGAAGUUCUACACUCUGGAGAAAAACCCCGAGAUGGCCGCUGUUGCGAAUCAACUCGUCGAGCUCGCCGGCUUGCGUGAUAUAGUCCACAUUCUGAUCGGCUCUAGUGAUGAGCUAUUGGUGGAACUGGUUCGGGAGCGCAAAGAAAUUGACCAAAUCGAGAUGUUAUUCCUCGAUCAUUGGCAAGACCUGUAUCUGCCAGACUUGUGGCUGCUAGAGGAGAUGGGGGUUCUCGCCCAGGAUAGGACUCUGCUGGUUGCGGAUAAUGUUAUUAUGCCGGGUGCCCCUCAAUAUCUGGAGUGGGUGAAGGGUAGCCCGUCGCAGAAACGUGCGAUGGUUGAGAAGCUGAACAACGGGUCUUUGAAGCCUAACACGAACUUGGUUUAUGAGACCGAGGUGCCGGAAUUCGAAACCGACGGGAGAAAGGAUGGGUUAGCAAUUACCAAGGUAGUUGGAGAGGUCAAGGGUUAA